AUGUCAUACAUCCCCAAACACAUAACCGUUGGCAAGGUCUGCAAAACGAAUAACUUUUCCUUUGCAAAGUGGUGGAAGAUGAAGAAUCCGCACAUGAGUUGUAAGAAAAUUGCCAUAAGUGGAUAUUCCUCGGGGGGCGGUGUCGGAAGAAGCAACGACAGCGACACCAGCGAUGGCAUUAACCAUGUUAACCAUGAUGGCGGAACGGAACACACCACUCCCAACUGUCUGGGAGAGCCCACCUCCAGUCGCACGCCAAACAGUACAUGUGGCGACCUCUCCAGUGAAGUCAUUUUAAGAAAAUAUGAUAGAAUUUUAUUAAUCGAAAAGUAUACCAAGUAUGAUAAUCUAAGGAAGAAAGGAUUUAAGGACGAUUAUAUUUUGCGCAAUUUUUUUUCAGUUUAUAUUUCGCACUUUACGCACACUCUUAUUGUGAACAACAUCAUUAACCUUUUGAGGACCAAAUACCGAUCCCACGUGUCCAUACUUAAGGCGUAUAAGCGGAACAUUGAAAACAUAUGUAUUAGCAGCUCCAGCAUUUUCUCCCCGGAUGCCAUUUUCAGCGUGGGCGGAGACGGAACAUACCUUGAGUCCGCGCACAUAAUCGCUAACAAAUAUAUUGUAGACGAUAACUCUGGAGGGACGAAGAAGCACAUUGAGCUCGUUGGAAUAAAUAGCGACCCCAGAGGAUCUGAAGGGAAACUGUGUCUGGAGUAUUUUCAUGUAGACGAGGAAAAUGAAAUAAACUACACGUAUGAAUCAUUUGAAGAAUUCGAACAAAUUUACAAGAAGAAAAAAAAAAAAAAAAAUUUCGUCUUUACGGAUGUGUCCAAUUUUAUUAGGAAUCUCAAGGAAAGGGAGGAAAAGGAAAACAUGAUGAGGACUGAUAAUUCUGAUAAAUAUCAAAUGGGAGAAUCUUAUUUGAAAGAUGAGAACACGAUGGAUCGAAUCGCGCAGAAUAACAGUUUGCGUUAUGAGUGUGUGGAUAUAAACGAGCACAACAGUGUCACUGAUGAGAGGGUGGGGGAGGGAAAUGACCAUACGGACGACACGGUGAAGAUGGCUCAGUCGGUUCAGCUGGGGAAAACAAGUCAAGCUGACCCUGACAACUGUGCUGACGAACCCUGCAGCAAUCCUUUCAUCGCCCUAGUGCCCACGGGGCACGGGCGCCUGGAUAAUCUCAUCAUCAGCGCAGAGGAGUACGCCAGGAACACGCUCAAGUGCUUCUUCGAGACGAAUCGACAUCGAAAAUUGCAGAGGAAGUACAUCACUGUGUACAUCAAAAGGUGCAAUGAGGAAGAAGGAAAAACAUACAGAAGCAUUAACGAGGUGUACAUAUAUGAGGCCAUCAAAAAUAAUAUUUGUACGUACAUAAAUAUAGACAACAAAAUUGUAAAAAAGCUAAAAAGUACUGGUCUUCUAAUUACAAGUGGCACUGGGUCCACUGCUUGGGCAUACAAUGUUAAUAAAAUUGAUAAAAAAAAAAUGAAAAAUAUUAUCGAUGAAUUUGUACGCAUACAAAAUGAUGUAGUGAAGGAGAACAUUCAGCCCAUCAACUAUGAUAUUUUUUCUGAAUACAUAAAUAAUUCCAUCUGUUUCCAUCCCAGUAGCAAACAUAUGAAGUGUAUCGUUAAGGAACCUGUGGAAAAUAGUGUGUACGACUCUACCGACCAUGUGUAUGAUUGCCAGUAUGUGAAUAUACGCACCUGCACAAGCAACACCAUCGUGUAUAUUGAUGGUAUAUACAAUAUUAAGAUUCAGCCCAACGAUUCGGUUAUUUUACACAUAAAGGAGGAUGACUUUAUCGUUAGUUACAAGUAG